CACCAGCCCAAAAAACCGUAUAUAUAAGAAUCCAAAAUCAGAAAACAGAAUUCGCACCUCUGUUCUCCUUAGAUUCCGGACACCUUACUCGCCGGAACUAACCAUUCAAGCAACUUCUCUCCAACGCUUCCCUCUCUCUCUCUCUCUCUCUCCUCUUUCUCUCAAUCAUCAUUUCUUGUUUUUUUUUUUUUUUUUUUCCUUUUUUCAAUUCUUUUUUUGUUUUUUUUCCCUCGCUUAAUUCCUCUUCUGGGGAAGAUUUGAUUUUCCCGGAUGCACAUGUCGUCCGGUGGUCCCACCUCCGCAUCCUCCACCAGCGUUAGCCCCAGCAGUCACCCUGGACCCACCACCACUAGACGACGCGUUGAUGCUGCCGAUAGACUAUCUGCCUUUUCCGAUUAUUAUGAUGUUGUCUCUGACGAAGAAGACACUCUUAACGGCUCUUCCGCUGGACCCCAUCACCACCACCACCACCACCAUCCUUUGAUCAGGUAUCUUCUGCUCCGGAGGAAAUUAUUCUUCUUUCUUCCUGAGGCUUGGCUGCUUGCUUUCGAAGAUGGUUGCUAUUGGAUUGCCACCAUGGUUCAGAGUUUGAGAUCUGGUAAAAACAUGGGUCGUAAGAUUUUCGCUGCUUUGACGUUGAUGUUGGUCAUUUCGGUAUUCCUUAAGGUCUCAUUUUUAGAUCAUCACGUCGAGAAAAGUAGAGAAAACGGUCUUUUAAUCCUACAGACUAUCAAAGAAGAUUGGGCCAUGGCUCAACGUGUUGUCUCCGAAAACUCUGCCUCCAUGCCCAAGCGCGUUUUGGAGAAAUUCCCAACUCCAGAAAUUUGGAUGAAACCCAACAGUGACAAUUACUACCAGUGCAUCCCCCGGCCCAGAACUCAAAUAAAGGCUAGAAAUACGAAUGGGUAUCUUCUUGUUCAUGCCAAUGGUGGACUGAAUCAAAUGAGAACAGGAAUUAGUGAUAUGGUUGCUGUUGCAAAGCUAAUGAAUGCAGCUCUUGUCCUACCUUCUCUUGAUCAUGACUCAUUUUGGACAGAUCCAAGCACUUUUAAAGACGUUUUUGACUGGAGACACUUCAUGGAAACGUUAAAGGAUGAUAUUGAUAUAGUAGAGUAUUUACCACCUGAAUAUGCAACAAAGAAGCCCCUUUUAAAGGCCCCUGUCUCCUGGUCGAAGGCUAGUUACUACAGACAUGACAUGGCCUCGUUGUUAAGGAAGCAUAAGGUGGUGAAGUUUACCCACACUGAUUCAAGACUAGCUAACAAUGGCCUUGCACCCUCCAUUCAGAGGCUAAGGUGCCGUGCCAAUUACGAGGCUCUCCAGUACUCAAAGGAGCUUGAGCAUCUUGGCAAGAUAUUAGUUGACAGACUAAGGAAUAAUAGCGAGCCAUAUAUUGCUCUGCAUUUAAGGUAUGAGAAAGACAUGCUUUCAUUCACUGGCUGCAAUCACAAUCUUACAGCAGAAGAGGCCGAGGAGCUCAGGGAUAUGAGAUACAAAGUUCAACAUUGGAAGGAGAAAGAGAUAGAUAGCAGAGAAAGGCGACUUCAAGGAGGAUGUCCAAUGUCCCCAAGAGAAGCAGCUCUGUUUCUCAAGGCCAUGGGGUAUCCUUCCUCUACAACUAUCUACAUAGUUGCAGGAAAAAUAUAUGGUAGCAAUAGCUUAGCAGCCUUCCGAGCAGAGUUCUCAAAUGUUUAUUCUCAUUAUAGUCUAGCAACGGAAGAAGAGUUAGAACCGUUCAAGCCAUAUCAGAAUCGCCUGGCUGCCUUGGAUUAUAUUGUGGCACUCGAAAGUGAUGUCUUUGUUUAUACAUACGAUGGAAAUAUGGCCAAAGCAGUGCAGGGGCAUAGGCGGUUUGAGGGAUUUCGGAAGACUAUCAAUCCAGACAGACAAAAUUUUGUUACCUUGAUCGAUCAGUUGGAUGAGGAUUCAAUAUCUUGGGAAGAAUUCUCUGCAAGGGUAAAGAGUUUACAUUCAAACAGGGUUGGAUCUCCAUAUCUUAGGAUAGCAGGAGAGUCACCGAGGCUGGAAGAGAACUUCUAUGCAAAUCCUUUUCCUGGUUGUAUAUGUAACAAGUCUCAUGAGUUACAUAGCAGCCUGAAAUCUAAAAAGAGAUUAAAACCAAGUCUUGGGGCUGCAUCGCAGAGAUAGGGUGGCUAAGAAUUGACGCCUGGCUGGCGUUGUGAAUUAUUUGACACCCACUUUCCUAGAGAAGGAUGGUCGCCAGUGGUGCCUCCAUCCAGCAGCUUUUGACCAGACAAGGGACCGAAGAAGCUGCGAUCAGGGAAGUCUCAGUUUUUUCUCAUGUGAUCAAGAAAUACAUGUUCUUUUUUUUUUUAGAUAGAGGAUUAAACAGAAAUUAGGAAAAUGUAGAGGGUAAAUUAUGUAUCAUUAGGUGAAUCAGGUUAGUGUUAGCUACACAGGCAUAUAUGUAUUCGUUAGAAGUUUUUCAUAAAUACAAACAAUUACUGGUUUAACCCAUUUUCGAU